AUGGUUGACUUAUGUGAAUUGCAUGCAUGGAUCGAUACACAUUCAUUUUCACGACCAAAACGUAAUUUAAAUCGUGAUUUUGCUGAUGGAGUUUUAUUAGCUGAAUUAUUAAAGUAUCAUUAUCCAAAUUUGGUUGAAUUACAUAAUUACUCUCCACAAAAUUCGUUACAACGAAAAAUUGAUAAUUGGGAAACAUUAAAUCGUAAAGUAUUAAAAAAAUUAAAAUUGGGUAUUACAAAAGCAAUGAUGGAACAAAUUGCAACAGCACAUCCUGGUGCUAUUGAAAAAGUGCUAGCACGCCUUAAAACGAAAAUUGAACAAGAAAAUAUGUGUAAACGUGAUAAAGAUGAUGAUUCGGAGCAUUCAGAUAUAUCCGAAGUAACAGGAGCAUCAAUUCGUAUCCCAAUUCGUGUUAAAAAUGAUAAUAAUGAUGAAAUGGUUGUAGAACAAAAAAUGUCUGUUGAUAUUAUUGCUAGAAAGUUUGAAGAAUUGGAAGAGAAAAAUGAGGCUGUUAAAAUAUUGAAUCAGAAGGUAGAGCAUUUAGAUUGUUUAAUUCGUUUAAAAGAUCAACGUAUCGAAGAUUUAACAAGGCAGCUGCAAAAGUAUCAUAGCUUCGGACAA